AAAAUUAGUAAAUUCGACUCGCUUUUAGAGGCGGUGCCAUCGCCAAGCGGUAGGAUCUGUGUGACAGUGCAGGGUACAGCUUUAGGUUGAGGGGCAGCGAGAGGAAAUAAUUUCUCCCGAUCCGGCUUUAUGCUCGACAGUAUUCCAUCGCAACAAACAUCAGCUUAAUUCAAACUGAUAUCAUUUCUACACCGUGCUGGGAAUUCGCGAGGGUUGCUACAGUGAAGAAUAUUUACCACUCGCCUGCAGGACUUAAUCAGACUACAACGUUACUGUUAGCCGAACUUUCCCCUUUUUAUUUUGGAUUGUCUUGCAGUUUGAUUUUUUUUUUAGCCCCCGUUUUUAAUUCCAACCGGCUGACAUCUACAUGAUUUUGUAAUCUGCGGGCGUCUGCGUCCUUUUCCCCCAAAUUAAGAGCGUUUUGCCGAAAAGUUUUAUUUUCAUUUCUAUUUUCGGGGGGGAGCUAUACAGUUUUUCCACGAUGAACAAGCUAUAUAUUGGAAAUCUCAAUGAAAACGUGACCGCAGAGGACUUGGUUAAAACCUUUGAAGAUCACAAGAUCCAAUACUCUGGACAGUUUCUCAUGAAAACUGGCUAUGCGUUUGUUGAUUGCCCAGACGACCAAUGGGCAAUGAAAGCAAUUGAAACAUUUUCUGGUAAAGUGGAACUUCACGGAAAACGAAUCGAGGUCGAACAUUCUGUCCCUAAGAAGCAGAGGACCAGAAAACUCCAGAUCAGAAACAUUCCACCACACCUACAGUGGGAGGUUCUUGAUGGUCUGCUUGCCCAGUAUGGAGCUGUUGAGAACUGUGAACAAGUGAAUACAGACAGUGAGACUGCAGUUGUGAACGUCACAUAUGGGACGCGGGAGCAGGCUAGACAAGCAAUCCAGAAGCUCAACGGUUACCAGUUUGAGAACAACGCCCUGCGUGUGUCAUACAUCCCUGAUGAAAACUCUGAUGUCGACUCUCAACGAGGCCCAGACAACGGCCGCCGUCCCGGAUACGGUCCGCGAGGAAACUCCCGCCAGAUGUCGCCUGGCUCUGGAAUCCCCAGCAAACAUCAGCACCCUGACAUCCCUCUCAGGCUGCUGGUGCCCACGCAAUACGUGGGUGCCAUAAUCGGCAAAGAGGGCGCCACCAUCCGUAACAUCACCAAACAAACUCAGAGCAAGAUUGAUGUGCAUCGUAAAGAGAACGCAGGUGCCGCUGAAAAGCCCAUAAGUAUCCAUUCUACCCAGGAGGGCUGUUCAGCUGCCUGCCGCAUGAUCCUGGAAAUCAUGAACCAGGAGGCCAAGGACACCAAAACUGCCGAUGAGGUGCCUCUGAAGGUUCUUGCUCACAACAACUUUGUUGGCCGUUUGAUUGGCAAAGAGGGACGCAACCUGAAGAAAGUGGAACAAGACACUGAUACCAAGAUCACGAUUUCACCACUGCAGGAUCUGACCCUUUAUAACCCAGAGAGGACGAUCACAGUGAAGGGCUCGAUCGAAGCGUGUUGCCUGGCAGAACAGGAAAUCAUGAAGAAAGUGCGGGAGGCAUAUGACAAUGACGUUGCUGCCAUGAAUCAACAGACUCACCUGAUCCCUGGACUAAACCUGGGAGCCAUCGGCCUCUUCCCAUCAUCCUCUGCCAUGCCUCCUCCUGCCCUGGGAAACUCCAUGCCUGGACCCCCCUAUGGCCCUAUGGGGGCCUCUGAACAGGAGACCGUCCACGUGUACAUCCCAGCGCAAGCCGUAGGUGCCCUUAUUGGCAAGAAAGGACAGCAUAUCAAGCAGCUGAGCCGUUUUGCUGGAGCUUCUAUUAAGAUUGCACCAGCAGAGGCUCCAGACUCGAAAAUGCGAAUGGUCAUUGUCACAGGACCACCUGAGGCCCAGUUCAAGGCUCAAGGCAGAAUAUAUGGUAAGCUGAAGGAGGAGAACUUCUUUGGCCCCAAAGAGGAAGUGAAGUUGGAGACGCACAUCAAAGUAGCAGCUGCAGCAGCAGGAAGGGUCAUCGGAAAGGGCGGGAAAACUGUGAAUGAACUGCAGAACCUCACCGCUGCUGAAGUAGUGGUUCCCCGAGAGCAGACCCCUGAUGAACACGACCAGGUCAUCGUCAAAAUCAUCGGCCACUUCUACGCAAGUCAGUUGGCACAGAGGAAGAUCAGGGACAUUUUGACCCAAGUCAAGCAGCAGCAGAAGGGAGGUACAGCCGGUACAGGAGGUCCGCAGGGGCCCCAUCCGCAGGGCAUGCCUGAGCUGGGGACCCCUCAGGGACUGGCACAAGAACCCAGGAGGAAGUGAGAGGCCGGGGCCGCUGGCCAGUCAGAGGGACAGACAAAUGGGAGGACAAACAAGCGGACUGACUGAGAGAGAGUGACACACAGACCCAGCGGUAGACAGGGAGAAAUGAGCAGCAAAAUGAGAGGGAAUUAUAAAGAGAAAAAAAGACAAAAAAAAAGCUUCCCUGAGAGAGGGAAAGGAAGAAAAUUGAGUGAAAAUGAACAAGGAAAAAAAAAAAGUUUUUUUUUUUUUUUUUUUUUUUUUUUUUUUAAAGAGAGAGAAAUAGAAAACAGAGACCAGAUGCCAGGCCAGGUGGAGUGACUGAAGAUGGCAAGGAGGUCUUUCAAAGCGAAGCGCCCUCUAGUGAGAGCUUUUUACAUAGCUGCCUAUUAGGAAUGGGGCGUAAUGAAGGUCCCUCAAAAGUGUGUUCGAGCUACUCGGGACCCUCAGCCAUCAGCAGUCACUUCAAAAUUUUAACUGUGUUUUUUUUUAAAGAUAGAGAUAUAUGUAUAGAAAUGUUUAUUCAGAGGUAUUAUUAAUGAAAUGCAGUGAGGUAGAGAUGGGGAAAGAGAGAGCAGAGGAUCAAUUGCAAUUUUUGGAGGGCGGGGUCACCAAUCAGGUGACUUCUCCCUGGAUAUCAGAGACGAGGGGAGGGGCCAAAGUUGUUAACACUGCUCUUGAAGUCCCUCACGCUAAACUGUGGGGGUGACGAGAUGAAAAAAAAAAUGAGGUUGUAAAUAUAAUCUUCAUGACUUUGUGUUGAGAUGCUGCACGUUUAACCGUCGCCAAUCACGUACCUGGCUUAAGAGGGUUGCAGUGUUUUUCUGAGGCUUCCCUUUUAGGCUGUGUGCCUUUUGGCCGGCGGGACGUGCGGCGAGAGUUCAAUAAGCGUGUGGGCUAAAGGUGGCCUCUGCAGUUGUAUUGCAGUGGCUCAGCUUUGAUGCGCGGAAACCCAUCAGUUCCGCCCUAAACCACGCCAGCGAUGAUCGCUGCAGCGCCGCUCACACCCAAACGGCAUAUUUUAUAUAUAUUAUAUAUAUAUGAUAUGUGAGUUAACCUGGCCCCUCAUUGCAGUGGAAGCAGACAGACAAUGAAAAAGAACGUACCGCAAUUUCAGAAACCGUGACCUAGCAUCUUUUUUAAACAUUUUCUCUUUGAGGAAUGUGUGAUUUACAUAUUCACGUUUUUUUAAAACCUGGCCUUCAGAUGCAUUGUUCUGUGUUUUUCCUGAGAGUAAAUAUGCUGUAAAAUAUGCAGAGACUGAAUCAAGUGAGGACAGUCAGCCUGAAUGCCAGGUUUGAAAUGACAGGGGUACAAGUCUGCCUUUAGGUCAAAGGUCAAGAACAGGUGACCGCAAAAUGGUUUCUGUGCUCUCUCUCGCCCACUUAGUUCGACAUUUGCCGAUGAGGUUGCCAGAGUCCUGGCCUUUCUCACUGAACCUAGAACAGAUUAGAUAAAAUGAAAUUAAGAAAAAAACUAAAAACCUACCUCAGGGUAUUGUUACCUCAGUAUUCCUAAUUUCUUUUUUCUUUUCUUUAUUUUUUCCUUUUUUUUUUUUUUUUGUUGCUUGCUUGCUGGUGUUUUUAUAUAAAAGCUGAUAGUCUUGAAUAUUUUAUUUUUUUAAGGAAGAAAUAUUUUACUCAUUUUUUUUUUUUUUGUUUGUUUUUUUUGGUAUGAGUGUAUGCGUGAGUGUAAAUGAGGUUUUUCCUCACCUGAGCUCAGAAGGACUCCCAGGAAAAAUUCUGAAUUGUUUAGUUGGUCUCUCUCGGAGCCUUUAGGCCAGCCUGGGGGUCCUUGGAGAGUCGCACUUGAAAUCACUGUUCAAUGGGACGUAGGACGGAUCAUACCAUCUUUUGCUGGUGCAUAAUGAACAUUGCUAGACCACAGAAUUUUAAGUUUGGCGCAUAUGUGUGUGUUUGUCACACAAGCUGAAAGCAGAAUCUAAAGAGAGCUUCUUUUUCUAACUCGUGCCAUUGUUUUUGCACCUGUGGUGUGAUCUUCAUCAUGCUGCACUGAUGGAUUUUGACAUCAUUGGAUGACUUACUUGAAAGGGCUUGACUUAACUCGCCAUGCUUAAAAAAACAUCAGCAUGUCGAAAAUCUUCGGCCCUAAGACACUGAAUGUGAACCAUUCUCAACAUCUCUCUCCAUUUUUUUGGAUUGAGUCUCGUCCUUCCCCAUUGUCCUGUGCAAGUGUGCGCGAGUGUGUUUUCUAAUUGAGUU